AUGCAGCAAAAGCGAACAUCAGCAACGCAAAAUUUAAUUUCAUUAAGACGGCCAAGAUCAUUGUCAUGUACUGAUUCCGAGGAUAAAUCAAUAGUUUUGCAAGAAGGAAAAUAUAAUAACACGAAAGAGCGAUCGCAGUCUAAAAAUUUCUCACUGUCAUCAAAAUCUUCCAGCGGUUUUAGCAGCAUGGAUUUGAUGAAAAAUUUCGAAAAAGUCGAAAAUUGGCGCAAGAAUUCGUCGAGAUUUUUGGAUGAACAUAAAGAAGAUGAAAUUUUACUGGAUCAAGAAAUGGACGAUACUGCUUCUUCACAACAUAAAUUAACAAAAUCCAUGGAUGAAGAAUGGUCAAUGGAAACAACAGCGCAGAAAGUAUGCGACCCUUGCGCCCAGCGGAUGUCAGAUUUGAUUGUAAAUAGAAGCGACAGCAAAGCGGAAAAUUUCAUUCAUUGCAUCAGAAUAUCCGAUAAUGAUAACUGCGUGAAACAGGAAUUAAAUCAAAAUUCUGAAAAAUAUUUUCAAAUUGCCAAUAACAAAUCAGGAGCGCAAAAGUAUUACACGAAAUCAGCGGAGCAUGCAAUCGCUCCGAAUGAACUUGUAAAUGUUGCGCCGUAUUCUUGUAAAAUAGAAUCUCAACGAUCUCAGCUGUCGAAUCGAACUUAUAAAUUAAAAGAUUCGAAAAUAUUCGCAAGGAAUAAUUCGCCUAGAAAUUCUUUAUCAAUAGAAAAGGAUCAUAUCAUUUCAGAUCAAAAGUAUUUUGAUAAUUUAAUAUUGAAACAAAAGGUUGCAGUACCAACUACGAAACAUUCAGAAUUGAUUACGGGUAAAGAAUAUUUGGAGCCGUAUUUUAUACAUCCGAGAAAUGAAUCCGGUGAAAUAUUUGUGAAUAAUAAUGAUAAUUCAUGUGAUAUCAACAAGUGUCAAAAUAGGCAGUGCGCAGAUAUGUUAAAAAGCAUUAUGAGUGAUAAUCGAAGAAGUAGAAAACAAAAUCAAUCUUUUGUCGAAUUACCGGAAGUGAAUUACAGAGAUGAAGAGGUUAAAACGAGUGCCAAUAUGAUGUCGCCAUGUCAUUCUCUUCAUGAAAAUACAAAAAAAUCAGAUAAUAUUUUAAAUAUGGAUCCGGAAAAAAUCGAACGUUUUCGUAGAGAGAGUUGCAGCACAUCACAACAUCCUUACAAUAAUGAUAAGAUGAAUCAUUUGAAAAAUACGUUUAUUUCUUCAGGAAAACUAUUGAGAAAUAUGGGAAAUAAUUUAAAUUUAGAACGGAGUUCAUGUAAAUUUGCAGAAAAUUCAGCAGAUUCGAAAAAGUCUGAAUGGAAAAUUGAGGAAGCUAAGUUAAGAAAAAAAUGUUUGCAACAUCGGCUAAAGCCUAUUGUACAUUUGGUGCCAAUUAUCCGGAAGAAUGAACAGGAAGCGAUGAUUUUAUCACCACAGAAGAAAAUGACAUUAAGGAAAUUUACUGAUAAGGAACCGAAUCAAUAUACAUCAAAUAUUUUCAUCAAUCCAAUCUAUGCUAAUGCUGGACCAGGUAUGAUUGCAUCUGGCAGAUGCAGUAAACAAUCGGAAAUUAUUGUACCACAAUGUAUAACUCCUCCUCUGUAUAAUGUAUCUCGAGAUAACAGAAGAAAUCUCAAAUCUGUUGAUGCUUUAUACGAACAUUCCACCAUUGUUCCACCUUGUCUACCUUAUUCAGGUAAUAGACGCCAAUCAAGAAAAACAUUGAGGCGAUUCAUGUAG